AUGGCAAAAACGUUGAAGGAUUUACAGGGUUGGGAGAUAAUAACAACUGAUGAGCAGGGAAAUAUAAUCGAUGGAGGUCAGAAGAGAUUACGCCGAAGAGGUGCAAAAACUGAACAUUACUUAAAGAGAAGUUCUGAUGGAAUUAAACUAGGUCGUGGUGAUAGUGUAGUCAUGCACAACGAAGCCGCUGGGACUUACUCCGUUUAUAUGAUCCAGGAGUUGAGACUUAAUACAUUAAAUAAUGUUGUCGAACUCUGGGCUCUCACCUAUUUACGAUGGUUUGAAGUCAAUCCUUUAGCUCAUUAUAGGCAGUUUAAUCCUGACGCUAACAUUUUGAAUCGUCCUUUAAAUUAUUACAAUAAACUGUUUUCUGAAACUGCAAAUAAAAAUGAACUGUAUCUCACUGCAGAAUUAGCCGAAUUGCAGCUAUUUAACUUUAUCAGGGUUGCCAACGUAAUGGAUGGAAGCAAAUGGGAAGUAUUGAAAGGAAAUGUCGAUCCAGAAAGAGACUUUACAGUUCGUUAUAUUUGUGAGCCGACUGGGGAGAAAUUUGUGGACAUUAAUAUUGAGGAUGUCAAAGCUUACAUAAAGAAAGUGGAGCCAAGGGAAGCCCAGGAAUAUUUGAAAGAUUUAACACUUCCAUCAAAGAAGAAAGAGAUCAAAAGAGGUCCUCAAAAGAAAGAUAAGGCUACUCAAACGGCACAAAUUUCAGACGCAGAAACAAGAGCUACAGAUAUAACGGAUAAUGAGGACGGUAAUGAAGAUGAAUCAUCUGAUUAUGAAAGUCCGUCAGAUAUCGACGUUAGCGAGGAUAUGGACAGCGGUGAAAUAUCCGCAGAUGAGCUUGAGGAAGAAGAAGACGAAGAAGAAGACGAAGACGAAGAAGAGAAAGAAGCUAGGCAUACAAAUUCACCAAGGAAAAGAGGCCGUAAGAUAAAACUAGGUAAAGAUGAUAUUGACGCUUCUGUACAACCUCCCCCCAAAAAAAGAGGUCGUAAACCUAAAGAUCCUAGUAAACCGCGUCAGAUGCUAUUGAUAUCUUCAUGCCGUGCAAAUAAUACUCCUGUGAUUAGGAAAUUUACAAAAAAGAAUGUUGCUAGGGCGAAAAAGAAAUAUACCCCGUUUUCGAAAAGAUUUAAAUCUAUAGCUGCAAUACCAGAUUUAACUUCAUUACCUGAAUUUUACGGAAAUUCUUCGGAAUUGAUGGCAUCAAGGUUUGAAAACAAAUUAAAAACAACCCAAAAGCAUCAGAUUGUAGAAACAAUUUUUUCUAAAGUCAAAAAACAGUUGAACUCUUCGUAUGUCAAAGAAGAAAUAUUGAAGUCUGCAAAUUUCCAAGAUUAUUUACCGGCUAGGGAGAAUGAAUUCGCCUCAAUUUAUUUAAGUGCAUAUAGUGCCAUUGAGUCCGACUCCGCUACUACUAUAUACGUGGCUGGUACGCCUGGUGUAGGGAAAACUUUAACCGUAAGGGAAGUCGUAAAGGAACUACUAUCGUCUUCUGCACAACGAGAAAUACCAGACUUUCUUUAUGUGGAAAUAAAUGGAUUGAAAAUGGUAAAACCCACAGACUGUUACGAAACUUUAUGGAACAAAGUGUCAGGAGAAAGGUUAACAUGGGCAGCUUCAAUGGAGUCACUAGAGUUUUACUUUAAAAGAGUUCCAAAAAAUAAGAAGAAAACCAUUGUAGUCUUGUUGGACGAACUCGAUGCCAUGGUAACGAAAUCUCAAGAUAUUAUGUACAAUUUUUUCAAUUGGACUACUUACGAAAAUGCCAAACUUAUUGUCAUUGCAGUAGCCAAUACAAUGGACUUACCAGAACGUCAGCUAGGCAAUAAGAUUACUUCAAGAAUUGGGUUUACCAGAAUUAUGUUCACUGGGUAUACGCACGAAGAGCUAAAAAAUAUCAUUGAUUUAAGACUGAAGGGGUUGAACGACUCAUUUUUCUAUGUUGAUACAAAAACUGGCAAUGCUAUUUUGAUUGAUGCGGCUGGAAACGACACUACAGUUAAGCAAACGUUGCCUGAAGACGUGAGGAAAGUUCGCUUAAGAAUGAGUGCUGAUGCCAUUGAAAUAGCUUCGAGAAAAGUAGCAAGUGUUAGUGGUGAUGCAAGAAGAGCAUUGAAGGUUUGUAAAAGAGCAGCUGAAAUUGCUGAAAAACACUAUAUGGCUAAGCAUGGUUAUGGAUAUGAUGGAAAGACGGUUAUUGAAGAUGAAAAUGAGGAGCAAAUAUACGAUGAUGAAGACAAGGAUCUUAUUGAAAGUAACAAAGCCAAAGACGAUAAUGAUGACGAUGAUGACAAUGAUGGGGUACAAACAGUUCACAUCACGCACGUUAUGAAAGCCUUAAACGAAACUUUAAAUUCUCAUGUAAUUACGUUUAUGACGCGACUUUCAUUUACAGCAAAACUGUUUAUUUAUGCAUUAUUAAACUUGAUGAAAAAGAACGGAUCUCAAGAGCAAGAACUGGGCGAUAUUGUCGAUGAAAUCAAGUUACUUAUUGAAGUAAAUGGCAGUAAUAAGUUUGUCAUGGAGAUAGCCAAAACAUUGUUCCAACAGGGAAGUGAUAAUAUUUCUGAACAAUUGAGAAUUAUAUCAUGGGAUUUCGUUCUCAAUCAGUUACUUGACGCGGGAAUAUUGUUUAAACAAACUAUGAAGAACGAUAGAAUAUGUUGUGUCAAGCUAAAUAUAUCAGUAGAAGAAGCCAAAAGAGCCAUGAAUGAGGAUGAGACAUUGAGAAAUUUAUAG